AGUGCUUCUGCUUACAUCCGGGUCCCGGGAUGAUCGGGGUGUGAGGGCGAAAGGGGGAGGUCGGUCCGCGCUUAAUUGCGUUACGCGGUGCGUGUCGCUCGCUGUGGGAUCGCUCCGUGAGUCUCUCCUGCCCCUCGUCUCGACGACGACGACGACGACGAAGCGCAGGACAGGGAGAGAGUACCCCGCGUGUUUUCACGGUGCGCGCCAACGACCGUCUCUUGCCGCUCGUCCACGUAGGCUCGUACACGUCCGUCGAGAAACAGCCAUGGCGUCGUCCGAUCAACCGAUCGACAUUGCCGCGGAUCCAGCAGCCAGCGUUGCGGAGCCAGCGCAGAGCACCAAGGAAUUGGCAGAAUCGAAAAAGGAAGCCGCUAAUGAGUAUUAUUCACAGAAACAGUACAAGAAAGCAUUGGCUGGUUACAAUGACGUUAUUGCACUGUGUCCCAAUGUGUCGCGUUACUAUGGCAAUAGAGCAGCAUGUUACAUGAUGCUCGGACAAUACCGAGAUGCAUUAGCGGAUGCUAAAAAAUGUAUCGAACUGGAGCCAACAUUUUCUAAGGCGUACGUGAGAAUGAUCAAGUGUUAUUUGAUUUUGGGAGAUAUUCUAGAGGCCGAGACCGCGGUGAAGAAAUUGCUGGAAUUUGAUCCCGAUAACGAGUCAAUAGCUGCAGAACAAAAAGACAUAACAUAUGUAAACAAGUUCCUUAAGGAUGCUGAUGCUGCCUACAAUGCUAAGGAUUAUCGUAAGGUUGUAUAUUGUAUGGAUCGCUGUUGUGACAUAAGUACAUCUGGGACACGUUUCAAGCUGACCAAAGCUGAGUGUCUAGCCCUUUUAGGGAGAUAUCAAGAAGCCCAGGAUAUUGCAAACAAUACUUUACACAUCGAUAAACAGAAUGCCGAUGCGAUAUACAUUCGUGGAAUGUGCUUGUACUUCCAAGACGAUGUCGAUAGAGCCUUCUCACACUUCCAACAAGUACUACGACUUGCGCCAGAUCAUGCCAAAGCAUUAGAAAUAUACAAAAGAGCAAAAUGUUUGAAGAAGAAGAAAGAAGAGGGCAAUGCGGCGUUUAAAAGGGAGCAGUAUCAGGAGGCUUAUAAUCUUUAUAAUGAAGCCUUGACGAUCGAUCCACACAAUAUCAUGACAAAUGCUAAAUUGCAUUUCAAUAAGGCAACAGCUGCAGCUAAGUUAGGAAAGUUGAAUGAAUCUGUAGCAGAAUGCACGGAAGCACUGAAGCUCAAUGACCAUUAUUUGAAAGCUCUUAUAAAAAGAGCGAGUAUUUAUAUGGAACUCGAAGAGUUUGAAGAGGCAGUUCGCGAUCUGGAAAAAGCGUGUAAAAUGGAUAAGACCAAUCGUGAAACGAAACGAUUACUCGGAAAAGCUAAGUUGCUAUUGAGGAAAUCGAAGAGGAAAGAUUAUUACAAGAUUUUGGGUAUCGAUAAAAAUGCAUCUACCGAAGAUAUCAAGAAGGCUUAUAGGAAACGAGCUCUGGAUCACCAUCCAGAUCGUCAUGCUAACGCCAGCGAAGGAGAGAAAAGAGAGCAAGAAAAGAAGUUUAAGGAAGUCGGAGAAGCUUAUGGUAUUCUCUCGGAUCCCAAGAAACGAUCUCGCUACGAUCGCGGUCACGAUCUGGACGAUAACGGUAGUGCUUUCCAAGACAUGGAUCCGAAUGCAAUGUUCCACUUCUUCUGUCAAGAGGGAAGCCAGUUCCAGUUCCAGUUUCAGGACGGUUUCCCUAGCAAUACUUUUCAGUUUCAGUUCCCGGGUUAACAGCGUUUUCAUAAAUGCACGAUAUGAUACGGUGUAUAUGAUAUUCAUGUCCGUUUUAGUAAAUACUGCAUCGACUUUUUUCGAAUACUUGAGCCCACGAUGCAAUGUAGUAUCGUUUGCGUUUCAUAAUUUUUCAAGUUGCUGAACGUAGAUAUUCGUCUGAGCGAUUGAUACGCAUAUUUAUUUCGUCAUAAUAUGAAAAGUGUUGUGUAUAUAUCUAUAUAUAAGAUAUUCUCGACCCUAUUGUGUAUCGCGAUGCGGUAGAUCUUCGAUUUAAUGAAUCAAGCGGAAGAACAUUAAGGUUAACGUCGAAGUACAACGGGCAAUUUCGAGGCCUGAACACGCUCGUACCUGACGAAACCUUUGUGAAUAGAUAAGAAAAGCAAAUAAUCGCACAUCUAUAUAUAUAUAUAUAUUAUAUAUAUAUAAUAGAAAGAAAAGCAAAAAAUAUUCGAUUAGGUUGAUAGAAACAUUCUUAUUGAGAAGUCUAUUGUAUUUUUUAAUUGAAAUCAUUGGACAACUAUCGUCAUUAUAUUGUGGGUGUCGUAUCGAUUACUGGAGCAUACUAGAGUCUUAGUUUUCAUUAAUUUUUAUAUCGAUUAUUGAAACUGCUUUUAAAGGUUCGUAAAAUCGAGGGUUUACUAUAAUUUCGUUAAUUGCAUCAAACUAUGUGCAAUCAUUAACGAAAUAUUAUCUUCGUGCCCACGAAUAAUGUGUACCCACUGAUUCCAUAUCCAUUUUUACAUCAUGAUUAAAACUGUAUAAACUCCGUACAAUAUCAAUUACGUGUGUUUAUCCUGCGAUGAUACGUGCGCUUAAUAUUUCGAAAUAAUGAUAAAAGUCUAUGAGUAUUGUUUCCAUAGAUCCACGAUGUAUUCAUUCCACAAAAAGAUCUUUCUACAAAUAUAUAAAUUAUAAUACA